AUGACUAUCACCUUGUCCAGCAACAUCACCAUCACCAUAACCAUCACCACCAACAUCAUCAUCACUACCACUAUAACUAUCACCAUCACCAACAUCAUCACCAUCACCACCACCAUAAUAAUCACCAUCACCAUCACUAUCACCUUAUCGAACCCAUCAACAUCACCAUCACGUCACCAUGACUAUUACCUUCCCAGCAGCAUCACUAUCACCAUCAACAUCACCAUCACCAUCACCAUCAUCAUCACCAUAACCUUAUCCACAGCCAUCAUCAUCAUCAUCACCAUCACCAUCACUAUCACCUUAUCCAACACCAUAAUCAUCAAACUCGCCAUCACUACCACCAUAACUAUCACCACCACCAUCACUAUCAUCUCAUCCAACACCAUCACCAUCAAGAUCAUCAUCACCAUCACCACCACCAUCGCCAUCACCAUCACCCUCAUCAUUACCAACACCAUUGCUAUCACCUUAUCCAGCACCACCACCAUCACCAUCAACAUCACUACCACCUUAUCCAGCAACAUCAUCAUCACCAUCACCAUCACCACCACCAUUACCAUCACCAUCACCACCACCAUAAUCAUCACCAUCACUAUCACCUUAUCCAACCCCAUCACCAUCUUCAUCACGUCGCCAUGA